AGUGAAGUUUGGGGAAAUUCACAGCUCACGUCCUUUGUGUGAGCGAAAGCGUCCAUAUUUCACAAGUCGAUUUUUUUUGUCGUUGUUUUUCCUUCUCGAACUUUCUGGUCGGUGCCGGCUGCCCCUCGCCGGUUUACCCAUAACGCCGUGCGCCACUUCCUUUCUUCUCGGGUGUGUGUUGCUCCAAAAUGUCGAUGCUCGAGGGUCCGUUAAACGUGCUCGGCCAGAGGACAACUGGCGAGUCUGUCCGCACUCAAAAUGUCAUGGCCGCAGCAUCCAUCGCCAACAUUGUUAAGAGCUCCCUGGGGCCCGUUGGGCUUGACAAGAUGUUGGUGGACGACAUCGGGGAUGUGACCAUCACCAAUGACGGAGCAACCAUCCUGAAGCUGCUGGAAGUGGAGCACCCAGCCGCCAAGGUGCUGUGUGAACUGGCUGACCUGCAGGACAAGGAGGUCGGGGACGGGACCACGUCUGUGGUGAUUAUUGCUGCAGAGUUGCUCAAGAGUGCAGAUGAGUUGGUGAAGCAGAAGAUUCACCCCACAUCAGUCAUCAGUGGAUACCGUCUGGCCUGCAAGGAGGCAGUGCGCUACAUUAAUGAGAAUCUCACCAUCGGGACAGACGACCUGGGCAGGGAGUGUCUGAUCAAUGCAGCCAAGACCUCCAUGUCCUCUAAAAUCAUUGGAGUUGAUGCAGAUUUCUUUGCCAACAUGGUGGUGGACGCUGCCAUGGCUGUGAAGUUUGUGGACAGUAAGGGUGUCGCCAAAUAUCCCAUCAACUCCGUCAAUGUGCUGAAAGCCCACGGCCGCAGCCAGAAAGAAAGUUUCCUGGUCAACGGAUACGCACUGAACUGCACUGUCGGCUCGCAAGGCAUGGUGAAGCGCGUGGUGAAUGCCAAGGUCGCCUGCCUGGACUUCAGCCUGCAGAAGACAAAGAUGAAGAUGGGAGUUCAAGUCAUAAUCAGCGACCCAGAGAAGCUUGACCAGAUUAGACAGAGGGAGUCUGAUAUCACCAAGGAGAGGAUCCAGAAGAUUCUGGCAUCAGGCGCCAACGUCAUCCUGACCACCGGUGGAAUCGACGACAUGUGUCUGAAGUACUUUGUGGACGUGGGAGCCAUGGCUGUCAGAAGGGUUCUGAAGAGGGACCUCAAACGCAUCGCCAAGGCAACAGGAGCCACUGUUUGCUCUUCCCUGACCAAUCUGGAGGGAGAGGAGACGUUUGAGGCCACCAUGCUGGGUCAGGCUGAGGAGGUCGUGCAGGAACGCGUCUGCGAUGAUGAGCUUAUCCUUAUCAAGAAUACCAAAGCACGCACAUCAGCCUCCAUUAUCUUGCGCGGAGCCAACGACUUCAUGUGUGACGAGAUGGAGCGCUCGCUGCAUGACGCCCUGUGUGUGGUGAAGAGGGUGCUGGAGUCCAAGUCUGUAGUACCAGGAGGAGGCGCAGUGGAGGCAGCUCUGUCCAUCUACCUGGAGAACUAUGCCACCAGCAUGGGUUCCCGGGAGCAGCUGGCCAUUGCUGAGUUUGCUCGCUCGCUCCUCGUCAUCCCCAAGACGCUGGCUGUAAAUGCAGCGCAGGACUCCACUGAUCUGGUGGCCAAGCUCCGCGCCUUCCACAACGAGGCCCAGGUUAACCCUGAGCGCAAGAAUCUCAAAUGGAUUGGUCUGGACCUGGUGAACGGGAAGCCCAGAGACAACCGUCAGGCUGGCGUGUAUGAGCCCACCAUGGUCAAGACCAAGAGCCUCAAGUUCGCCACCGAGGCUGCUAUCACCAUUCUCCGCAUUGACGACCUCAUCAAGCUGUUCCCCGACCAGAAGGAGGGCAAACCCUCGUACAGCGAUGCUGUGCAGUCAGGAUCUCUCCAGGAUUAAAGCUCACUAGGUUUAACGUCUGUAUUUAUACAUUAAGCGCUCUUCAUGGCUCGUCGUUUUAGUGUAGGACAUGCACUUCACCUGUUUACUGUUUUCCUACUCCCCCCGCCCAUGGGACAUCCCGCUACCACCAGAACUGUAACUGAUUAUUUUUGUUUUUGGACACUUAAUAAACCUCCAAUGGUUGUAGUUGGCCGUUGAUUUGUUACUUCA